AUGAUGAAACUAAAAAACAAAUGGAAUCAUUUAAAAAAGGACUGGAAACUUUGGAAAGAGCUCAAGAGGGGAUCAACUGAAUUGGGAUGGGAUCCAACAGUGCCAACGGCAAAAAAAUUCAAAUUGACUGGAAUUGAACCAGCUUUGGAGAAGAAGUUUGAUGGUAUGUUUACUGGUGUGGUAGCAACAGGAGCUCAUUUUUUCACCCUAAAUGAGCAGGGUUUCGCAAACCUAGCACAGGAUAUGGAGACCAAGCAUAUAGGUGAUUCAGAAGAGGGUCCUAGCCAAAUCCCAACAGAUAUCCAAUCCACUGGUGGAACAAAGAGUCCCCGACCUGCAAAAAAUAAAAAAGGCUUUGCAUUUGUUAGAGGUUCUACUGAGACAUUGAUUGAAAAUUGUGAAAAUAAUUCCAAAAAGGCGAAGGACAUCACAAUCCAAAAGUGUGUUAGGAUCCUUAACACAUAUCCUGCUAUUAAGGAAGACCAAGCUAUGUAUGUUAAGUAUGUCAAGUUGCUAGGAAACUCUACCCGCAGGAAGUUCUUUGAAACUUUGGACACAGAAUUCCGUCUUCCCUACUUGCGCGCUUUAUGA